AUCUUUCUUUAUUCAGUUCUUAUUUGAUGUGUAUGAUAGCUAUGGAAAGUGAAUUGGUUGUGUUUAAGUUGUGUACUUUAAAGAUAAGUACAGAGAAGUUUCUAAUAUACCCUUUAGUCUAAUAAACUAGCUUGGGGAUUGCCGUAUCCUCCCAUCCCUCUUUCUUUUUCAUUUAUUGUAUGUGUUUUUUAACAGUAGAUCACUAUUUAUACCUUUCACUUACUUGGAAUCAAUUUAUCCUUUCUUUCUGCCUUUAGGAAUUGUUGGGGUGGAAAUAAUUUUGUAUAUAUUUCCCUGCAAAUUUAUGGAGGCAUUGUAACCAAGUUUGAAACCAGAGCUGGCUUUUUGUGGGUCAGAUCAGAUUUAUUUGUAUAUACUAGACAAUGUUGUUUAUAGAAUUAUAGACACUUAAUAUUUUUAAUAAGAGGCAUUUUAUUUGAGGUUGGUAUAGAUUUGCAAAUAAUUCUCAGUUUGCAUAUUAAAUGAUGUGAUGAAUAAAUAUUGAUAAAUUAAGAAUAACACAUUGUCUUUUUUUACUAAGAAAUCCCUUAAUGAUAUGUUUUUUGAUCUGUUUAUUCUAAAAUAAGAGACAUAUGUAUGUGUAAAUAUCCAUUGUCUUCUCAAUUUGAAACAGUUUCCUUUACGUGUUAAUGACUGUUAUCAGAAUUCUUUAUCGUUCUCAGUUGACAUUGAUAAUGUUUUCCAUCAGAUUGUAAAACUUUGGAACAAUUUAUGAAUAAUAUGUCCUUAAUUUUUAUUACUCCUUAGGAAAGUUAACUAAUAUUUUGUGUUUUUUUGGUAAGGCAGUUGAAUUAUAGCUUAUUAUUUCAUGUUCCUGAUGAAUGCUUUUUACGUCACUGUACAUGCAUGCUAUUUUUUAAGUUCAAAAUAUGUCUUCAUUUUGUAACUUUCCAAACCUGUGUGUAUGACAGCUUAAACUUUCAUAUGGUAUUAAGGCAACUAACAGGUUAUUUUGUUCAUUUUCUACAAGUUAACUGUUUUUGCUAACCUGUAAUUUUAACUUUUUUAAUAUACUUCAGUGCUAUAGUUUUCACAUUUUUCUCCCUUUUUGCUUCUGGUGCGUAAUACUGCAUAAUUUGAUUUCCUUUGUUUUUCUGGAUUUACCUCACUUUUUAAUAUGCUGUGGUGCAUCCUAAUAAGUAAUAUGCUAUGCUGUUGGUUUUUCCAGGACAUUAAGAUGCUAAGGAAUACCUGGGUUCACAUAAAUCUAUAGUAGUAUCUUUGCUUCUAGCCUUGAUUAUACAUUAUUUGUUUACUUACAUGCCAAAAAUAGUAUCUAAAAUGUUGAUACCUUAGAGUUUCUUAGAUCAUCUUAAUAGGCCAUCUCACUUUACUUGCACUAUUUAUUAAGAAGGUUUGUACAUGUUAUAAUUCAGACAUAGUUUUAAAAUAUUAAGUGUAGUUGUAAGGCUGUGAACUGAGUGUUCAUGAACAUGUUUUGCUGCCUGUAUUUGGUCAGGUAGAUGCUGUCUCAGCACGAUUGUGACAGAUACAUGAGGGUCAUUGAUGAGAAGCUUUUCUUAGAAAAGUGUAAGAAGAAAUAAAGUAUUUGUAAAUAAUAUUGUUAGAAUAGUUGCUUUUUAUUUCUCCAUCCUGUAUUUGUAUGGAAGUUCUGUUUGAAAUGAUAAAUGCUGAUAUAGGGAUAAUGACCUUUUGUUUCAGUAGAAUAAACUUCUUUCAGCAGCUCAGUUUAAUCUUGAUACAGUCACAAUCUAUUUCUACCCUAAGUUUGCUAAUCUUAGCUUUUCUUUUUAGCUUAGUUUUUUUUGUUUUUUUUUUUUGAGAAGGAGGGAAUGGGCUAGCAAAAAAGUAUCUUUAAAAAAAAUGCCUAGCUUAUUUAAAAACUAGUAAUUAUACUAGUUUUAAAAUUUUAUCUAAGUUUAGUGGCUGCUUAAUCCCUAACAUAGGCAAGUAUAAGAGGGCUUGAUUUAUUUAUUUUUCUUUGGGGGAAAUCUAAACAUCUAGGAGAAGUAACCUCUAAGCUUUAAAAUUCAGGUUAUAAUGGCCUAAUAAGAUAAUGACUUUUCAGGGAGUAGAAAACAUUAAGCAUCGAACUGUAGAAAAUGUUAGGGGGGGCGGGGCAGAAAAAUUUGGCUACAGAUGACCUGAAGUUUUACUUUUUGUGGUAAUUUUAAAGUCUAUUAAACUAUUUUAAGUAGCUUUUAAUUUUUAUCUUUAGUAGAGUCUUCUUAAAAAUUUUCUACCAUUAUUGCUUAACUCUAAAAUAUAAACUGAGAUAUAAUACUUGACCAUCAUAAAUGGACUUUUUACUUAUGAAUGAAAAAUUGGGCCAAAAAUCUACCUUAGUGUUGGAAGUUUUGUUGUUUUCCAGAGUGAGUGAGUUGGAAGUUAUUCAAAUUGUGAUGUAAAUGUACUGUAAAGUUUUGAUUACAGAAUUUUCUCAGGGAUGGAAUUUACUUAGUUGGUCGGACUAAUAUGAAACAACUGGGAAUUCUAAUUCUUUUUCUUGUAAAUAUAUUGACCAGUUAUGGAAGUUUACUAGUAAUAUCACCCUUUAACUUCAAAGCAUAUAGCUGGGGUAGGCUACAACAGAUAUAGAUAGUUUUGCAUACUUAUUAUUUUAGAUAUUGAGACCAAUAUUUUGGUAGAAAGCGGGAACAGAAUGUAAGAAAGGGAAUAUAAACAAAGAGAAGAUUAUACAGGUAAUGGCUUAAAUAAUCUUUUGGUUGCUGGCAACAUUAGCCUGUCUUUAGGUUGGACAUCAACCCCUCAGCUAGUCAGGAUUAUUUUUGUUCUGUUCACUUGGUACUUUUAUGUAGAAAGUACGAAUUGCAGCUUUCUCCACUAGGGUGUCGGUGAAUGAGUUAGCUAUUUGGAGGUGUACGUUCUCCUCUGUAGCUCCGGGACAUCUUGUUGAAGUGCUGUGGGUGCUCAUGAUGACCCUUAGCCCCUUAGCACCUUUCCAUGUGGAUGCUUCUGUGAUGCCGAGAAGUAAGGUGCUUAUACUUCUCAGUUUGCUUGUCGUAGUCUAUUUUACUCCUCUUGUAGAUCUGUUGGCACCUGUCACUUAGUCCUAAAGCCCUGCUGUGUAUGAUGGUAAAGUAUGUGGUUACCUUGCUCAUAAACCAUGUAACUGCAGGCUGACUAAAAUACAGGUACCCUGUGUUUUAUAAAUUUUACUAAAAUACGUCCACCCUGUGGGCAGAGAGCACAUUUAGGUUACUCUAUGUUAGUGUAUAUAAUACAGUGUCUGGCACAUUGGAAUAGUCCAUCUAGUAAUUAUUACAUGAAUGGAUGAAUAAACCAAAAGGGAGCAUGUAUGGAGCAUCUAAAAUAUUAAGUGAGGAUAUUUUUUAAAAUGAUGCAUAUUGUCAAAACAGGAUAUAAUUUAAAAUGCUUAUUCAUACUCCUUGCUUUUAUCUCUUUAAUUUUCAUCAAAGAAAAAAUCAUAUGGCAGUAAAAUGCUUAAAGCUGUCUGCUUCCUAGUCCUGCCCCAUGAAAGACACGUAUAUCUAGUCCAUUUCUUCUCUCUCUUCAUUUUUCUAAAUGGCAUGCCUUCCCACUGAGAUAGGGGUUCGCUCUUUCGGUUCACCUGCCUAGAAUUGCCCUUUCUUUCAUCCCUCAACAUAGUUAUAAUACAAAUUAAAAAUAGUAGGUAGUCAGUAUUUACAUUUUUUAUAACUUUAUAAAUAUUACAGUGAUUCACUAGGCCCUCCUGUCUAUAGUUCUUUGUUAUCCUGGUGUUGUCAAUUGCUACCUUUUUCCCCCUAUUUUCUAUAUACUUUAAUAUUUUCUAAAUGCUUCAACAUCUUUGUUAUGGUCUUAAUAAUAUAUUCUGUAUGACCACACAUGUUAGCUUCAUUUUUGUUUGUUUGUUUUUGGAGUUCUGUCCCACAGAACAUUUCUCUAUUUCAGAUUUGGAGUGGAUUCUGAUUGUUUUUGGUUUAAGCAUGAUGACUCGCUUUUUAAAAUCAUUAUUUAAUCUUUUGGAAUUUAGAAGAUUAGUUCUGAAUUACAAGCCUCCAUCAAAUGCUCAAGAUUUACCCCGAAACCAAAAGGAACAUCGGAAUUUGCCUUUUAUGCGUGAGCUGAGGUAUCUAUUUGCACUUCUUGUUGGUACCAAAAGGAAGUAUGUUGAUCCAUCAAGAGCAGUUGAAAUUCUUAAGGAUGCUUUCAAAUCAAAUGACUCACAGCAGCAAGAUGUGAGUGAGUUUACACACAAAUUAUUAGAUUGGUUAGAAGAUGCCUUCCAAAUGAAAGCUGAAGAGGAGACGGAUGAAGAGAAGCCAAAGAACCCCAUGGUAGAGUUGUUCUAUGGAAGAUUCCUAGCCGUGGGAGUACUUGAAGGUAAAAAAUUUGAAAACACUGAAAUGUUUGGUCAGUACCCACUUCAGGUCAAUGGGUUCAAAGAUCUGCAUGAGUGCCUAGAAGCUGCGAUGAUUGAAGGAGAAAUUGAGUCUUUACAUUCAGAGAAUUCAGGAAAAUCAGGCCAAGAGCAUUGGUUUACUGAAUUACCACCUGUGUUAACAUUUGAAUUGUCAAGAUUUGAAUUUAAUCAGGCAUUGGGAAGACCAGAAAAAAUUCACAACAAAUUAGAAUUUCCCCAAGUUUUAUAUUUGGACAGAUACAUGCACAGAAACAGAGAAAUAACGAGAAUUAAGAGGGAAGAGAUCAAGAGACUGAAAGAUUACCUCACAGUAUUACAACAAAGGCUUGAAAGAUACUUAAGCUAUGGUUCGGGUCCCAAACGAUUUCCCUUGGUAGAUGUUCUUCAGUAUGCAUUGGAAUUUGCCUCAAGUAAACCUGUUUGCACUUCUCCUGUUGACGAUAUUGAUGCUAGUUCCCCACCUAGUGGUUCCAUACCAUCACAGACAUUACCAAGCACAACAGAACAACAGGGAGCCCCAUCUUCAGAACUGCCAAGCACGUCGCCUUCAUCAGUUGCUGCCGUUUCAUCGAGAUCAGUGAUACACAAACCAUUUACUCAGUCCCGGAUACCUCCAGAUUUGCCCAUGCAUCCGGCACCAAGGCACAUAACGGAGGAAGAACUUUCUGUGCUGGAAAGUUGUUUACAUCGCUGGAGGACAGAAAUAGAAAAUGACACUAGAGAUUUGCAGGAAAGCAUAUCCAGAAUCCAUCGAACAAUUGAACUAAUGUACUCUGACAAAUCUAUGAUACAAGUUCCUUACCGAUUACAUGCCGUUUUAGUUCAUGAAGGCCAAGCUAAUGCUGGGCACUACUGGGCAUAUAUUUUUGAUCAUCGUGAAAGCAGAUGGAUGAAGUACAAUGAUAUUGCUGUGACAAAAUCAUCAUGGGAAGAGCUAGUGAGGGACUCUUUUGGUGGUUAUAGAAAUGCCAGUGCAUACUGUUUAAUGUACAUAAAUGAUAAGGCACAGUUCUUAAUACAAGAGGAGUUUAAUAAAGAAACUGGGCAGCCCCUUGUUGGUAUAGAAACAUUACCCCCGGAUUUGAGAGAUUUUGUUGAGGAAGACAACCAACGAUUUGAAAAAGAACUAGAAGAAUGGGAUGCACAACUUGCCCAGAAAGCUUUGCAGGAAAAGCUUUUAGCGUCUCAGAAAUUGAGAGAGUCAGAGACUUCUCUGACAACAGCACAAGCAGCAGGAGACCCAGAAUAUCUAGAGCAGCCAUCAAGAAGUGAUUUCUCAAAGCACUUGAAAGAAGAAACUAUUCGAAUAAUUACCAAGGCAUCACAUGAGCAUGAAGAUAAAAGUCCUGAAACAGUUUUGCAGUCGAAACCUGAAAAUACUACAAGCCAACCACUUUCUAAUCAGCGAGUUGUAGAGGUGGCGAUCCCUCAUGUAGGGAAAUUUAUGAUUGAAUCAAAGGAGGGGGGUUAUGAUGACGAGAUCAUGAUGACACCGAACAUGCAAGGUAUUAUCAUGGCGAUAGGUAAAUCCAGGAGUGUGUAUGACAGGUGUGGCCCUGAAGCAGGGUUCUUUAAGGCAAUUAAGUUGGAAUAUGCAAGGUUGGUUAAGUUGGCCCAAGAAGACACCCCACCAGAAACCGACUAUCGUUUGCAUCAUGUCGUGGUCUACUUUAUCCAGAACCAGACACCAAAGAAAAUCAUUGAGAAAACAUUGCUAGAACAAUUUGGAGACAGAAAUUUGAGUUUUGAUGAAAGGUGUCACAACAUAAUGAAAGUUGCUCAAGCCAAACUGGAAAUGAUAAAACCUGAAGAAGUAAACUUGGAAGAAUAUGAGGAGUGGCAUCAGGAUUAUAGGAAAUUCAGGGAAACAACUAUGUAUCUCAUAAUUGGACUAGAAAAUUUUCAAAGAGAAAGUUAUAUAGAUUCCUUGCUGUUCCUCAUCUGUGCUUAUCAGAAUAACAAAGAACUCCUGUCUAAAGGCUUAUACAGAGGACAUGAUGAAGAAUUGAUAUCACAUUAUAGGAGAGAAUGUUUACUAAAAUUAAAUGAGCAAGCCGCAGAACUCUUCGAAUCUGGAGAGGAUCGAGAAGUAAACAAUGGUCUGAUUAUCAUGAAUGAGUUUAUUGUCCCAUUUUUGCCAUUAUUACUGGUGGAUGAAAUGGAAGAGAAGGAUAUACUAGCUGUAGAAGAUAUGAGAAAUCGAUGGUGUUCCUACCUCGGUCAAGAAAUGGAACCACACCUCCAAGAAAAGCUGACAGAUUUUUUGCCAAAACUGCUUGAUUGUUCUAUGGAGAUUAAAAGUUUCCAUGAGCCACCGAAGUUACCUUCGUAUUCCACGCAUGAACUCUGUGAGCGAUUUGCCCGAAUCAUGUUGUCCCUCAGUCGAACUCCUGCUGAUGGAAGAUAAACUGCACACUUUCCCUAAACACACUGUAUAAACUCUUUUUAGUUCUUAACCCUUGCCUUCCUGUCACAGGGUUUGCUUGUUGCUGCUAUAGUUUUUAACUUUUUUUAUUUUAAUGACUGCAAAAGACAAAAUGACUAUACAGACUUUAGUCAGACUGCAAACAAUAAAGCUGAGAAUCGCAUGGAGCUCAGACUUUGUUUUAACCGGAACUGAUGUAUAAUCACAGAUCUAAUUGAUUUUAUUAUGGCAAAACUAUGCUUUUGCCACCUUCCUGUUACAGUAUUACUUUGCUUUUAUCUUUUCUUUCUCAACAGCUUUCCAUUCAGUCUGGAUCCUUCCAUGACUACAGCCAUUUAAGUGUUCAGCACUGUGUACGAUACAUAAUAUUUGGUAGCUUGUAAAUGAAAUAAAGAAUAAAGUUUUAUUUAUGGCUACCUAUGUGUUUGUAAGCAGGUAUAUUGUAUAUUAGUGUAUUAGUAAUAAUAUAUACAUGAAUUUUGUCUGGGGAUUAAGAUUGGAUAAUUAAUAGAUUAAUACAGUCUUUUGAUUCUGCUCUAAUGGUAGCAAAUUGGAAAAUGUUUAAGUAUUUGACACUUAAAUUUAUCUAUAUUUUUUACAAAAUUCUUAAACUUAGUAUGGCACCUGAGCUUGUUUUGAAUUCGGUCAGGGUUUUUACUCAAGCAAGUGGUUGAUUUUUUUUUUAAGUCAAACUACACUGAAACUUUUAACCUUUUCUUAGAUUAAUUUUACUUUUUAAAUGUAUUUAAAAUACAUAGCAAGGUGAUUAUUUCAAGAGAAUCCCAAAGUACUUGAAUAAGGGCUUUUGUAAAACUUAAAAGAAAUAUUUAUAUAUACACAUAUAUACACAUACACACAUGUAUAUAUAUAUAUAUUCUUCAUAAUGGAGGACAAUGUUUUGCAAUAUAUAAAUCAUUCUAUUUUUGUAAAUUGUGUAUCACUUUAAUUGAAAAUGUUCUCUGCUAAUUAAUACUGUGAAACAAAGUUGAUGUUGUUUAACUAGAAGUUAUGAGUAUCUUAACUGCCUUUAUUCCUUUUCAAAAAGGAAAAAGCUAUAGAACAUUUUGUAGAUGAAACUACUGUUAAUGAAUUAAUAUUGUGAAUGAAAAUCAAAAUCCAUACUUUAAAGGUAAUCAUGUUACUAACAACCUAUUUUUGAAUUCAUAAAGAUUUCUUUAUAAAUGAUGUUUUGUGAGCACAGUAAAAUAGACCAUUAUACUAUGUGUAUGUUUGAUACAGCGUCGCCAAAACUAGUGUUGUUUCUAAGUGCCUCUCACAAAAGAUCCUGGAUGGAGGAGUAAGAUGAAAUAUUAUGCUAUUAUAUGAUACUGUUUGUAAAGGUACCAAUGUGCUAGCAAGGUAUUAAUGACAAGGAAUUAUUACUGUUUCUGUUGUGAAGUUAGAUUUUGCAUAUUGUAUCUAUCAAAAUAUGUUUGGGUUUAGAUUUUAAGUUGUCUACUGAGCAGAAUUCUGCAUUGGUUUUCCAGUCCUGUUAAAAGUUUAGAAACUUCAUAUGUGUCAUCACAGCUUUUGUAAAGUAUCCUUAAUAUUUUAUGACAUUCUA